AGACGCCAAGGGAAGGUCACCGUGAAGUAUGACCGCAAGGAGCUACGGAAGCGCCUCAACCUGGAGGAGUGGAUCUUGGAGCAGCUCACGCGCCUCUACGACUGUCAGGAAGAGGAGAUCCCAGAGCUGGAAAUUGACGUGGAUGAGCUCCUGGACAUGGAGAGCGAUGACACCAGGGCUGCCAGGGUCAAGGAGCUGCUGGUUGACUGUUACAAACCCACUGAGGCCUUCAUCUCUGGCCUGCUGGACAAGAUCCGGGGCAUGCAGAAGCUGAGCACACCCCAGAAGAAGUGAGGGUCCCCACCCCAGGUGAAUGGAGGCUCCCACAGGACAAUCGCUGCCCCCCGACCUCGUAGCAACAGCAAUACCUGGGGGGGCCCCGCGGCCAGGCCUGGUGCCACAAGCAGGGCUCCCCGUGCCCCUGGCCCAGGGGCCUCUUCUCCUGCCCCUAUUUUCCAUUUUGGGGUUUUUUUAUUGUUAUUAAACUGACGGGACUUUUUGUGAUUUUAUAUUGACUCUGCGACGCGGGCCCUUUAAUAAAGCUAGGCUAUGCCUUUGGUGCAGCU